CCGCUCUUGUUCAAGGACAACACCACUGCACCGCGACAAUGAAGUUCUCAAGUGCAUUUGUCCUGCCAUUGCUGUCAAUCAGCCCGAGUCUUGCUGCUGCUUCGUCAUGGAGUUUUGAAGAUGCGACUCUUAGCAUUUCCAGCAAAGGAGCUGGUGUCGGCGGUGCUCUGAAGGAGAAAUUGUCGCCCGAGGCACACCUCAGCAAGCUGAUCAAGCUUGGCCCUGCAGACACGCUCAAGAUCCUCAUGACAACCAUCGAAGACCAAACCGCAAAGAGACCCCACCAGGCCUUCCUGACUCUGCACGAACCCACCACCGGUCUCGAGGAGUCUUUCGUCUUCAGCGUCAAGGAGAGCGGUAAGGCCAGAGUCGAGCUGUCGCAAAAGGACCUCCCCUUCCAGUUCCUAGCCGCAACCGCCCCCAUCCAGGCCAAGCUCUUGAUUGCUUCGUUUGGCUCUUCUGAGGCCUACUACACCCACGCUUUUGACUUGGAUGUCGCCCGCGACCCCAAUGUGCCCCUAAGCACCCCCGAACCUCCUCUCCGCUACGGCAAGCUGGCCGAGAUUCACCACAUCUUCCGCAGCGACCCCAAGUCUUCUCCUACCAUUCUCUCCCUCGUCUUCACUCUCGCCGUGGUGGCUUGUCUUCCGGCUCUCCUUGGAGGCUGGCUGCUCCUAGGCGCAAACUUCAGCCACCUCUCCAAGGCCAUGAACGCUGCUCCCGUCUCUCACGCUCUGUUCUUCGGCAGCAUCGUAGCCAUGGAAUUCCUCUUCUUCCUAUACUACUCUUCUUGGACUCUCUUCCAAAUUCUACCUCCCGCUGGUCUCAUCGGCACUGUGACCUUCCUCAGUGGCAGCAAAGCCCUCUGUGAAGUACAGCAACGUAGACUCGCUGGCCUGAGAUAGAAUGAAACCUGCAAGGUUACAACUUUCGAAGGGUCAGGUACCUUCCGAACUUGUCACACAUACAUUUAGAGAUCACACCAAAUGUCAAAAGUACUCAUUUGCCAACCAACUACACUCAUAGUUCUCUGCCCAAGUUACGUACAACGUUAAUCAUUACAAUAGCGAGCCACAUGAUCAUUGAAUCAGGUGAAUACAUCCUUCUCUUUCUGCAGUGCCAGGAACGUCUCUUCGUCGUGUCCAGGAAUCACUCUGCCUCGAGUCGUUCUCUCCAAGCG